UUGGAAUACGGGACUUUGGUGACGACUUCUGUGUGGAUAUUCACUGAAUGAUGAUAUCGAUCCAGACACCAGAAAUGGAUUUUAAAAAGAAAACGGCAGUUCUUUUCUUCCUAAUUAUCAACAUAAGCUGUGUGUCAGUGCUCAAAGUGGACGUCCCUCAUCCUGAACUGAAGGUGAAUAUUUCAGAUGGGGAGGUAAUAGCAUAUUGGAGCCAUCCUGAGGGCGCCCCUUCAAACUCCAAGUAUAAUGUACAAAUGAAAAGUGUGUAUUCUUCCCUCAGUCACAAUGGUGAAUAUUUAAUGGUAAAAAGCUGCACGGGGAUCACAAGAACCUUCUGUGACCUGACGAGUCUUAUACGUAACUAUCGUGAUGCCUACACGGUCAGAGUUCAGCUGGUUGCAGGAGACGAGGCGUCUGCGUGGACCCGCCAGAGAUUUCUCCCAAAUGACAGUAAAUAUGAAUUGCUACCUCCCUCAUUCACUUUGAAGGCUACUUCCAGCUCUCUGACAGUUUAUGUUCACGAAAAACCCAUUCUGAAAAAACUCUAUCCAUUUGGGGUCACCUACACCAUCUACCUGGAGGAAAAAGGGAUACAUAAUAAGAAUACCACAGCAUACCUGAAAGAUGACUUGGUAGAAGAAGAUCAGAGGACAAAAGUUUUCCCUUCUCUCCACUGGGGGAAGGAAUACUGUGUCAGCAUUAAGGUCGAGGGCGCUGGAGCUCUCACAUCCAGCAGUGUGUCUCACAAACGCUGUCUGCUGCUACCAGAGCAAGAAUGGUUCAUAAUUGCUGUGUCAUCCCUGUCUGUUCUGGGUGUGUUGGUUGCCAUUGCUAUUAUGGCAGCCAUCCUCUUGUGUUAUCUGAAACGUCCAGAGAAAACACCAGUUGCAUUGAAAUCCCCUCUGAGCGGUUGGCGUCCACUCUCAGUUGGAGAAGGAACGAUGGAGGUUGUUACAGACAAAGGAUGGUUCCUGUCCAGUUAUAGAACAGAGCUGAAAAACUUAGUCAAAACCCCAGCGGAGGAUGUCACAGUAAUGGAGGACAGUGAGGAGGAGGACAGGAGGACCAGCAUGGACAGUGGGGUCAGCGUGGAGACUAAUUCUGCUGCAGACAAUGGAGGAAAAACCCCCACGAGACAAGAGGACAGUGGCUGUGGGAGCAUGGGAGGACCAGAGAGCUCCACCAGCAGUCAGACAGAUUACCCCCUGCAGGACGACCCGACUGAUCCUGAUCCAGUUCGGAAAAGGGAGGACAGUGGGGUGGGAAUGGGCUGCCGGCUUCACUCUUCCUCCAUGAACCUCGAUGGACGGGACAGUGGGCCUCUAAAGGAAUCAGUUCCUGGGGGUAGUUAUCGUAGCCAGAUCACCUCAGCUGUUCAAAUCCACAUCUGUGAUGAAGAGGACACAUUUAAACAGAUACUUCCAGACUCAGUUUUGGCCGAAGUGGUCACAGGAUACAGAGCUGGGCCUCAGUCAUGUAUCUGUUCAGGAGCAGGUCAGUGCACUUGGUGCCACAAGCAAGUUCAUAACGAAUCCGAGGUUAUCAAACAAUACAGAGCUUUGUGCAUCCAAAACAGACUGCUGGGAAGCAAAUGUAACUUGGAAGACUCUUACAACGGAGAGGUUACAUUUGCAGGCUAUGCUAAAAAGACACAAAUUGACACUGUCACGAUAGAUGACAUGGACACAAAGUUUCUACAAUUAGGGGAGACUUUUCCUCUGCUUACAUCUCUCUCACCGCUGUCAGUAAUCAACAGUGAACAAGAUUUCAAUAUGAACAAUGUUUCUCUCUCCCUUUGUGAUGUACAGCUGAAAACUGACUGAUCUUCAGAGGAAUGAAACACUUUUUAUUGAGUACUUAUACUGACACAGCCUGUGUGUGCUGUGGGAGAAAUACAUUCCCCUGUCUUAUGUGACUCAGUUAUUGCACUAGUAUGUAGUGAAAUGCUCCAGUAAGGAAAAUCUGAAGAAAAAGGGGAGAAACUGAGGAGAAAACAGAGCAAGAAGCAGGCUGUUGUUGGCCAUGGGAAGGAAAUAGAGGUUAGACCUUGACUGUCGUUGGAGGCUUAGAAGCUCGUCGUGACAGAGAGCAUACUGUCAAGGCCUCGUUUAACCCUGUUUCACUGCGUAUAUUUACAACUGACUGAAGUGCCGGAAGUGAAACUGGUGUGGGGAGCACAGAGGAGAAACAGUUUGACAGUUACGUUCUUUUGGACAUUUCACGAUUUCUCCUCCGCCAACCACAAUACUUGACAUCAGUUACCCACUCUUAGAGUUUCUGAUAAUUUUUUUCCCCUUGUCACUAUUUAAAUGUGAAGAAAUGAAAACUACUUACCAUCAGUUUGUCAUUUAUCAGCAAUAUUUUCAGGUCAUAUCUUAGCAUAUCGUCCUUCCACAAGGAAGUGAUGGCAAAUGAAAGGUCAAAUUAAUAAGCAAACAUUUCAUUACUCAUUUUUAUUAAUGUACAGGGCACUUGAUUUCUGAUUCUUUUUAUGUUUUCUGACUCAGAGAGUGACUUUCAUUUCACAACAGCCUAAACUGCAUACCUGUGUUUUACUACUUACGUGUUAAAAUUUUUUAUUAGAUGUUGUGGGAGGGGGAAAAGCUAUUUAUUUAUUGUGUAUUGGAGUAAAUUUAUGAGACUUUGCUUUUUUUACAUAUGUCUUCUUGGACUUUCCAGACACAUAUAAAAAGACCAAACCAGGAAACGAAUGUCAUGAUGUUGAUUUGAGAAACCAUAACCAAAGCAAGCACGAGGAAAACCCUGAAUAAGCAAACAACACCUACUGAAAGAUAAACAUUACAUGACACGUAGCUGUACUUGGGAUCCCCAAAUGCAAAUUAUGUACAGGAAUUAGGACGAUUGGUUUGAAAUUUCUCAACAAGGAAACAAACACAUCCUCUGUCAAGCUUCCACUCAGUUUAAAAAAAAUCCGGUUUCACACUGAUAAUAGAAAGAACAAACAUCAUCAGUGGGACUGAAAUUUCAGAUGUCACAUACAUUGGUAGGAAAUUCUGUGACCUAUUUCGCUGUGUAUGCGACAUAAAGUAGAGGGGAAGUGAGACUAAUUUAGGUUAAUCAUAAAGGUUAAAAAAAAAUCCUUCAAGUUGCAAAGCAUCACAUGUAGCCAUGUUUUGCAGCACGUGUCUACUGAUGAUCUCUAUACGUAGAACAUAGCUGGUGUCUUUAUGGUUACUUUUGACCACUAUAUGCACGACUCCAUUAACCUAUCGGGAGUAUCUAGAUACUAAACACCCACCUCCUGUCCUCUGUGCAGUUUUUAUGCAUCAUGUCACCUACAUCCUCCCAUCAGUGCUACCAGUACUUCCAUGCUGGAACAAUACAGACGUAAUUUCAGGUAAAUCAACACACUCAGUGUUCCUAGAAUUUGAUUCUGCUUGAGAGUUCCUCUAUAAAGUAGAUAGAUAGAUAGAUAGAUAGAUAGAUAGAUAGAUAGAUAGAUAGAUAGAUAGAUAGAUAGAUAGAUAGAUAGAUAGAUAGAUAGAUAGAUCAGAGCUCCAAAGUCUCCAAAUCUCCCUACAAAUUUGCAAUUAUUCACUAAAUUAGCAAAGAAGCUGGACCAUUUGGAACACCUGAAGGUCUAGGGCCCUGGGGGUAGCUACCCACUGGUCUGAGAAUCAAACCUUGACAUCAUGAAAAGCUGUUUUCUCUGCUCAUGCUGGAUUUACACUUCUUUGUUCAGGGGUUAUGCUGGACUAUGCUGUCAGAGGCUAUGUAAGGGUCACAGAAACUGUAAAUGACUGCUGUGUUGUCUGCUGCCGGUAGAGUCUAAAUAAAACAUGAUGUGUGAUGAGAAAAGGUUCAGUUUUCAUCUCUUGCUUUUUAGCUGUUCAAAUAUGGUGGCGCCAUUUCUGCUGCAAACCUUCAGUUCACAGCAAUCAACACUUUCAGUCACAUUAAAUGGAACAAUGUACUAUGGGGAAUAUUGUUAC